AUGCUGUCUCUACCCUUUCUCACCCCUCGCGAUUCACAUGAGCUCUGGUUCGGCGCAUCACAGCCAUAUCGAUCUACCUCCCCCCAACAAUCACAUACCGACGCCGGUGCCAAUCUCGCCCGUCGCAAUGGCAAUAACACAAAUAAUCACCGAGCCUUCAUGCCCUCGCGCUCACCAGCAAAUGGUCUCGCGGCUCUCGCUAUGGAGGAGCGGGCCCUGCGCGCUCGGAAACAGAACAUUGCAUCCUUUGGAUACUCGUGGAUUAAACCAGCGGGAUGCUCAAAGACAAUGCUGGGUAUGAAAGAGGAAGAGGCUGAGCGCGAGGAGGCGCUUGCGGCGGCGGCGGCGGAAAUCAACGCUGAAGGAAUGAUGGAAGACGAUAUGGGUGUGACACAAGGAGAGGAGGGAGAGGAGGUGGACCAGGGCAUGGAGCGGGAUUUGGACGACGAGAUCCCCGAUGCGGAUGCCGAGGGGUUGAUUGAGGAAGGCGAGGAGGGGCUAGAAGAGGAGGAUGUUGUCGACGAGGAGGGUUAUAUGGAGCGGGAUCUGGAUGAUGACAUUCCUGAAGGAUACCCCGAUGACGACUACGAGGAAAGUGGGUUGUACGAGCAGGACGAUGAGGACUUUGAUAACCAACCUGAUUUGGAUGCGGAAAUUCCCGAGGCCGGGGAGGGGAUGAGUGACGGCAUGAGUCGAGAUCUGGAUGUUGAGAUUCCCGACGCCGUGGCGAGUGGAUCCGAACAAGAAGGCGAAUGGCAGCAUACCGAUACCGAGGAAGAGUCUGAUGAGGAGGAAGAGAAUGACAAUGUCGUCCGCAACAGACUCACGGAGAACUUUAGAACAAGCACGCCCAACAGUCGUGCCGGCAUGUUACCAACGCCGCCAAUGCGCCGGGCACGCGAGACUGAAGCUCAGAGCCGGUUCAUCAAUCGCUGGAGUGGUGGUGGUGAUGCCCUGGACUCUAGCAGCAUGUUCCUCGAAGAUGAGGAUCUGCGUGCAUCGGUAACAAGUCAAGGUAGCCGUCGCAGUGGGCUUGCUCGACGGUUCCCUCGUCAUGUUGGCAGACCACGAGACAGUUUUAAUUGA